GAAUCCGGCAUCCUCCCAAGGAAGCGGCGAACGGCUCCGCGCUCUCCACGACCGCAGCAGAGCAGAGCAGAGCUGAGCAGGAGGCGGCCUCAGCGAGACAGAGAGGCCGAGGAAAAUAUCUUCUGCCUCGGUGGUCGCGGCUGCUGCCGGCGAGUGAGACGAUGGCGUGCUGCAGGGCCCUCGCGCUCCAGCUCCUCCCCGCACCCGCUCCCUUCCGCGCUUCCGCCCCCCCGCGGGCCCGGGUUAGCAUCCCCCGUCGCCGCGCUCCCUCCGUCCGAUGCUGCGCCGCUGGCGGCCUGGGGGAGCCGCCGCAGGACGCCGUGCUCAAAGCCAUCUCUCUAGAGAUAGCAAGCUCCAGGGGAAGGGUUGUACAAUCAACAAAUGUUAUCAUGGGUGGUACUGUAACAGAUGAUGCAACAGACGAAUGGCUUGUUCUUGAUAAAAAGGUAAAUUCAUAUCCUACAGUUAGAGGUUUUACAGCAAUUGGUACUGGAGGUGAUGAUUUUGUCCAGUCAAUGGUUGUUGCUGUGGAAUCAGUUCUUCAAGAACGAAUUCCUGAGGGCCAAAUAUCCCAGAAAGUGUCUUCAAAGGGGAAGUACGUUUCAGUCAAAAUUGGACCUAUUCGUGUGGUUUCCAGCGAGCAAGUCCAAGCGGUGUACAAUGCCAUGAAGAAAGAUGAGCGGAUGAAAUUCUUUUUGUGAACGACAAUGUCAUGCCGAAUAGAUAACCUCUUAAGAGAGGAUGAAUUAAGACAUUUAAAAUCUAA